UUGACCCCUGGUUUCUUCGGGCAAAAGUAUUCUCUUAACUCGCCAAUCAUAGUGGUUUUGCUCAUAAAUCAUUAUUCUUAAACCCUCGUGCCCAAGCAGUCCAUAUAAAUUUCCAGAGUACAAUCUGGACAGUCAGUAAUUUGACCAUGUCUAUACGGUAUAAGUUCAGGAGUUCAGUGAAUUUCGACUCGGUAGACAUCGGAGGUCGGUCUUCAAUUUCAAUUCGUGAUCUCAAAUCAAAGAUUGUUCUAAGCAAGAAGCUCAAUAUAUGCCAAAACUUCGAUCUUUUCUUCUCUGAUGCUCAAACUGGUCAAGAGUAUGGUGAUGAAAAUUAUCAAAUUUUGAGUGGUUCAAGUGUGAUUAUCAAGAGAGUGCCUGCUGGAUCAGUGCCAUUGAAAAGGUCUCACAAUGACUCAUUCUCAACUUUUGGGCUCAAAGAAAAAGAAGAAAUUAAUAACAUUUGUGCUGCGAAUAUAGAAAUCAAUUUAGAUGACUUUGGGGUUGACUUGUGUCCUGUUCCUGAGGCUAACUUAUCCUGCUCAAAUGUUGACAUUGUUAAAGAAACUUACAUUUGUGGUGAGAGGAAAAACGUCGGUGGCACUAGAUGUCCUGGGUCACCCACUUUCAGAUGUAAAGAAUUUGGAGUGAGUGACUUCACUGGGGCUAUUCCAAAAGGUCCUGUGCAUGGUGGAGUGGAAGAGGAUACAUUGGAGACAAAAUCUAAACCUAAUGUUCAACAACGCAUGAAACUGGAAAAUGUGGCCAUUGCCAAUCCUCCAACUAUGCAAAGCACUAUUUUUCCAUCAGAGCUUAAAUGCUCUCUUUGCAACACAUUGUUUAAGGAGGCUGUGAUGAUACCUUGCUGCCAACAUAGUUUUUGUGAGAAAUGUAUCCAUUUAGCGCUUGCUCAGAAAGCAAGGUGUCCCAAGUGUCUUUCUUCCAAAUGCAAAGUACAAGAUUUGCUACCAAAUUUAUCUCUUCAGCAAGCAAUUGAGCAUUUCCUUGAAUCCCAAAUUCCGAGCAAUGGAACAGAAAAUGCACUUCAUGACUAUGUUCCAGAUGGAGAAUCUGGGAUUCAAGCAAAAGACGUCUCUUAUGCUGUUACUAAUCAUCGAAGAGAACCUCAGUUGCCCAAUUCUCCCACUGCAACUGGGAGAUGGUCUAAUCAAAUUGCUGCAGAAUCUGCUUCUGACUCAAUGUUAAGAAACAAUGCAUCUAUAGGGGGCAUUGGUUCUCAUGUCAAUCAAUUCGGUGGAGAUAAAAUAAUAAAGUCAUACUUGUUACCGCACAAGAAAAAACAAAUAUAUGGAGAAAGACCUGUGGACUGGGAUGAUUUUGGUGAUUGCCAUGGUGAAAGCCAGCCUGUUCACGAAGAAGUUGAAUCCAGUAUCACGAAAAAUAAGGCAUUCUCUGUUAAUGCUUCAGGCGUAGACAAACGCUUUAUGCAGAGUGGAAGACUUAAAAAGGGGAAUCGAACCUGUUACAUGUGUGGUUCUCCAGAUCAUUUCAUAAGAAACUGCCCUGUUGCUUCAAGUCCAAAUUCUAUGCUACAUACAGGAAAUGGUGGUUUUCCACAUGCUAUGCAUGGUUAUGUAUCAACUUACUGGAACGGACCUCCUUUGCCCCAUGUUGCAAACAUAUAUGCUAAUCCAGGGAUAAUGCCCUUCAAUGUAGCUAUGGUCCCUCGUGCCCCACCUUUUACUGGUCCUAUGUAUAUGCCAUCUACGUUUGGUGGCCCACCUGCCUAUGGUGGUUUCGGGAGGAUGAGAGGAGCAGCAGCUCCAGUUGUGAUUAAUACAGAGCGACAUCUAUUUCAUUCAGAGAUUUUGGAUCGUCAAGUUUAUGAAAAGAAACGGAAGUUAUCAAAUCUGAAUAUGAGUGGACAGUCCGAUGAUGAUGAUGAUGAUGAUGAUGAUUAUCUUCAUAUUAAGAAAAGGUGUCACUUGAGUGAGGAAGAAAGAUCAGAUGACCGUAGAUCUCAUAUCAGUAGGGAAAGGAGUGUAAGCUGUUCUGAGGAAAGCAUUUUGCGUAGGUUACACAAGAGACACUUUCAUGACACUAAUUUGGACAAUGGCACGUACUCUGUUGAUGAGAAACAUGAGAAAAAUCCCCAUUCCUCAAUUUCUGGUAGAGAAUGGAGGCUACAUCACUCAGAGAGAAGUUCAGAAGUUGAGAAUAUCCCCAGUGGUUCCAGCUGGAAAAGUGAUAUGAGGCAAAAAGAACAGAGCAGAAACUCUAAAAAGCACAGUGAAAGAAGGGAGCAGUGUUGCAGUGAUUCUAGUUGUGUUCGCCAUCCAAGUAACAAAGAGAAAGAGGUUGAAAGAAAGAGAGUGAAGUCUGAUGUCAAAAAACAUGAACAGAAACAUAGCAGCCGCUCAGAUUCUGGUUUGGAACCAAGCUGUCCUGGUGAUAUAAAAAACCAACUAAAAGAGAGAGAUUUCAGUAAUGUGUCAGGGCAUUCUCGGCACAAUUCAAGGUCUAUGGACAAUCAGCCAAGUCGUGAUAGGUGGCUGAUGGUCAGGGGGUCGGAUGAAAAUUAUGCUGAAGACUUUCGUUAUAAAAAACGAAAAAGAGUUUACUAAUCGAAACAACAGACCUGAUGUUUUGAGAUCUGGUUGAGUGAUCAACUUUUCAACAGUAGCUUCCUGGACAUCCGUUUUGUCUUUAACAUUUGUUGAAGCGUAGUGUUAUGAGCACAAAUAAUAUGUAUAACUUUGUGCACAAAUAAUGACGAAGUCACCAUGUGAUUGGAUAGUUUUAAAUUUGAGAUAAAAUAAUAUCUAAUUAUAUGAUGACAUAUUAUUGUUUGUACACAAAGUUUUACACUGUUUGUGCAUAUAGUUUUAUUGUUCGCUAAAUAACCCUAUUUACUUUUUUAGCUUGAGCUGUGGAGGCUAGCAAACAAAGGUUUUAAGUUGAGGAGCAAUGGUAAGUAUAUUUUAUGUUUCAGACACAUCAAAACAUGCUGAACUUCUUUUUGCAGAGAUGGCUGAUGCUGGUAAAGGUAUGUUUCCCUUUCAGAAGAGAGAAAAGAAAAAUUAAGUGAAAAGUUUAUUCUUUUUCCUGGGAAUAUAUCAUUCCCCUACUGCAGAAUGAGCUGCACAUUCAUGCUAUAACAUGCACAUAGAUGUAUGUUUGUCUUCCGUGGUGACUUAGUGUGAUGCCUUUUCUAUUUAGAUGACCUGUCAGUAAACAUGUGUGAGCAUUGUUUUUGUCGUUCAUUUCCUGGUCACCUGUGCUUGAGGUCCUACUUUUCUGACCAAGAGUAUCAUGCAGUCAAAUAUUACAAUGCUGCAUUUUUCUUGCAUUCCUUGACAUCAAGCCUUAUUUUUGUGAAAUUUAGUUGGUUUCGUUUUUUUAACCCCCGAGUCUUGACUUGAAGUUCAUUUUUCACUACAACACAUUUUAGCUGGUUUGUUCUAAAAAACACAAUAAUGACAAAAAAGUAGUUUUAAAUUAGAGAUAAAACAACACUUAAUUAAAAGAUAGUAUAUGCACAAAUAUGUCACGAUGUGAUUGAGUAGUUUUAAAUUAAAUAUAAAACAAUAUUUAAUCAAUUCAUUUCUUCUUGUAUGAUUUGUUACGAGGAGGGCUCUCUUUAAAUCAGACAAAUUCCUCGCCCUUCAACUGUUUUUAACAUACAAUUUGUCCACUCUCUAACUAAUUCUCAUAGUGAAAACUAGUAGUUUUUCGCGUGAACGAUGUUGUCCCUUUAUUUUUUAAAACCAAAAUGAAAUGGAGCCUUUUCCCAUUCUUCAAUGACCCUUGCCAAAUGGGAUCGUAUCAUUUGAAAAGUGAUUUGAAUUCUUAUCAAUAUCUCCCCCUUCAAACACAGUCCUCAAGGAAAAAUUCUCUGAAGUGUCAUUUCAGUUUGUUGGCAUAUUCCCAUGUGGCCUCGCCAAAAGACAUCCCUUGUCAUUGUGUCAAGAGUUGAGCAGUUAUAACAUUCUUCUAUUUGACCAUGUGACGGUUGAGGAUGGCUUGUGGAAGAAGAACAUGAAUGAUAAAGUUUUGUGGAAUCGUGGCAGGGACAGUAGGUGUGUGAAUUGGUUUUAGUAUUUAGUAAUAAUAUGUGAAAGACAUCAUGUAUUUCUGCCCUUGGAGGAAGUUGAAGCUUUCAAGCAAAAACUCUAAUAGUGACUUAAAUAUGGAAGAGCUUGAAAUAUUUUGUAUUGAAAGUAUCAAUAAGGUUGUUGCUUGUUAUAUACCCAGUCUUUCAUAUGAAAUAUUUGUUCUAUUUGUUUUUUAUCAACUAAUUAUUUUUUGGGUAAGUCUAUCAGGUAAAAAUUUCAUUUUGCUCUAAGCCCUUGACAAAUGCCUUUGUAGAAGUUGGAUGGUAGCCUUCUAAAUAUGAAGAGAAGCAUUGAUAGCUUCAAUUCUUGAAUCAUUUGGGAAAUAUGGGACAUGGAGAGGGGUGUAUAUACAUAAAAGGAUUUGAAGGGUGACAUUUGAAUGCUUAAGUGAUGAGAAGUGUUAUACGAGAACUCGGUCAGGGACAAUAUCCAAAAUAAAGUAUGUGGUAUCUCUCAUGCCAUGCAUCUUAGAUGGCUUUAAAAGCAUCUAUUCACAACCUUUGUCUACCCAUCUAGUUAAGGAUGAUAAGUAGUAGACAUUUGUAGGAUGUCAGCCUUUAGCUUGAAGAGCUUCUACCAAAACUUAUUGAUGAAUAAUAACCCUUGAUCACUAGUAAUAGAGUUAGGCAUUCCAUUCAACUUAUAGAUACUGUUUAGAAAAUUUUAAGCCAUAAGCCACAAUAGCUACCAAGAAUGGAUAAGUUAGUCCUAUGAAAUGUGUGUAUUAAGUGAAACUUUCAACAACCACAUAUAAGACAUACCUACCUUGUGAUUUUGGAAGUCCUUCAAUGAAGUCCAUUAUAAGAUCUCUAAAUACUCCAGCAAGCAUGAGCAAUGGUUGCAAAAGGCUAAGAGAAGCAAUAUUCUUGGUUUGUUUCUUAGACAUAUCUGACAAUUCCUAAUAUAGUCUUCCACAUUCUUUCAUAUACCUUUCUAGACCAUAGAUGUUGGCCUCGUUCACCGUCAUUGUAAGUCUUGAAUGUCCUCUCAUAACAGAGUUCUGGAAUAGGUUGAUAAGGUCCUAUUGAAAUUCAUUAUCCUUCCUAACCGCAUACUUUCCUUUCCUCCUAAGUUUAUCUUGCUACCAUGAAUAUUCCUUAUGCAUUCUUGAGUCUGUCUAUUUUGCUGCUAUAAUGGUCUUGAGAUGUUCAUCAACUACCCAUGUGUUCGUAAUUCUAGUUAGUAAUUUGAAGGGGAAUACCGUUGUUGUAAGGCUGUUAACUUUCAUUCCAUGCAAUUGAGAUAAUGCAUCUCCCACCACAUUUUCCCUCCCUUUUUAUAGACAAUCUCAUAAUCAUAUUGCAUAAAUUUAGCUACUCAUGCUUGCUAAGAAAGUGUUGUAAUUUUCUGCUUUACUUGGUAUUUUAGACUUUGAUGAUUAAUCUUUAUGAUGAAGUCUUGGCUCACUAGGUAGGGUUCCCAUUUUUUGAUAGCAAGCAAGAUGACUAACAUUUUCUUCUCAUAAAUUGAAAGCAGUUGAUGUUUAGAGGAUCGAGCCUUACUAAUAUAUGUUAUGGGGUGGUACUUCUAUAUCAAGGCAACCUUCAUUCCUUCCCUAAGCAUCAUUUUCCACCGAGAAUUUGUUUGCGUGAUCUGGCAAUGUAAGAAUUGGUGUGGAAACCAUGGUCUCUUUAAGGUUUUCAAAUGCUUCAUGAGGUGAUGUGGACCAUUGGAAGGAGUUUCUUUAAGGAGUUUUGUAAGUGGCCUAGCUAGUUGACUAUAUCCUUAUACAAACUUUCUAUAAUAACCUAUCAAUCCUAGGAAACCUUUUAGUUUGAUUGUUUUUGGGGUUGGCCAAUCUCUCACAACUUGUGUCUUAAUAGGACCAGUCUUCACACCAGUUAGUGUAAUAUAUGUCUCAGGUAAUAGAUUUGUGUAUAAUCAAAAGUACAUUUUCUUCUCAUAACAUACAACCUAUGUGUUCUCAAUGUUUUAAAAGCCUUUUUAAGGUGUUGCAAAAGAUCCUUAUUUUUACCGUAUAUUAGAAUUUUACUGAAAAACAUUAACACACGCAUCCUUAGAUAGGUUUUAAAGAUAAAAUUCAUGAGAUUUCGAAAAGUUGAAGGUGCAUGGGUGAGUUCAAAAGGCAUUAAUAAGAAUUUAUAAUGACAUUCAUGUGUUUUGAAGGUUGUCUUAUCGACUGAGGAAUGGAGGCAGGAUGUGUCAUUUUCUUCAAUUACUUGAUUUCAGAUUGAUUUUAGAAAAUAUUUCGGCUUUCCCAAUCUCAUUCAAUAGCUCCUCAAAAAUUGAAAUGAGGUAUUUGUUUUUUUAUUUUGACAUCAUUAAAACCCUAUAAUCCAUACAUAGCCUCCAAGAACCAUCCCUCUUCUUGACUAGGACAAUUAGGCUAGCAUAAAAACUAUUGUUGUUAUGAUGACACCAACCUCCAACAUAAGAACUUUUAUUUGUUUCAAUGACACCGACUUUCAACAUCUCUUGUACCAUCUUCUCAAUCACUUUUUUUUUUUUUUUUUUUUACAAAUUACUAUAUCUAUAUGGUUUAUGGUUGCCAACUAGUGCAUUCUCCUUGUGGACGGUUUGGUGUUCAUGCUCUCUUUGAGAUUGUAAGCCUUCAUAUUGUCUAAAGAAAUCAUUGAACUGACUCAAUAACAAUUAUAACCCCUUUCAACUAUUGUCAGCAAGUUCUCAUGUGACUUCAACAUGCUAGCUCAAUUUCCUCAUACUCCAUUACCAAUUGUGUGGAAGCUACAUGUUGAUUUUUGCAUAAUAAAGGCUGUAGUUUAGAGUGAUUGAUUGAUGUCAUUUCUUUCCCUUUGUUAUCCUAUAACAUACAUUGAUUCCCCUUAUGUUUAAAAGAUAUUUGAAGGUCCGUAAAAUUCCAUAAAAUGUCCCCAAAGGUUGCCAACCAUUGAGCCCUUACAAUUAAGUUAUAAUUAUCGAAGAGAAGAGUAUAUACAUCAGUCGUAAAUUGUUUUCUUUGAGCCCUCUAUUCAAAUUGUUUGUACAUGAAGUGGCAGUGCCUUAACUUUAAUGAAAUAUUAGUAUGAUGAAAAAAUUGAAUUGCACAGUUGUGCCAUUAAAAGGUUUAUCAGUUAACAUUGAUUUUCAAUAUAUUGGGUGAUUAUAAUGUCUUACUAGAGACCGUUCAUGGUUUGUAAAUAAAAUAGUUGAUUAAUUUUAGAUUAAUUAUAAAUUUUAUUCAUUGCUAGUAUAUUAGGGAACCUAUAGGGUACAUGCAUAAGGAGUCAGUUUUUCUAACUUGAAAUAUUGGGGUGUAAAGCAUAAAGGGUGAAUAACAUUCGUUUGGUGAAGUUAUAUAUCUAAAAUUAUGUUUGAAAAAUAUUUAUAAAUAAAUACUUAAAACAUAAUUAUGACUAAUUAAUAUCAAUUAUGGAUUGGGCAAAUCAUGCAAUUAGCUACUGACUUUGGAUGGAAUAUAUAAAUGAGCUACUAGAGUUUUGAUAUAAAUUCAUAGCAUAACCUUAGCCAUUUUUUCAUUUAAGCUUUUGAGAAACUCUCACUCUAGUCAUUUCUUUCUCUUUGGGGAAGAAGAGAUUUUCUUUUCAAUUUCUUCUCCUAAUCUUAGUAUACUUAAUUUCAUACAUCAUAAGCUAGCACCUAUGUGUCUCUUGAUCGUCAUAGAGCCCUUACGUGGAUGAGUAGGGUCUCGUUGGUAUAACAACGAAAGUGUUUUAAUUCUAGAUGGAUUUGAGGUGAAGUUGAAGAGGAGUCACCAAAUGUAGGUAUGAAAGUUUCAAUAUAUUACUAUCUAUUGUCGCGUAUGGUAGAAUGACAUUUUGUUUGAAUUUGUCUUGUUGCAUGAUUAGAUUCAAAAAUUUUGUUUUGGAUUUAUUUGGGUUGAAAAUUAAAUUACGUAAGUUUUUAGAAUCAAAUUGAAAUAAUAAUAAUUUAACCAAAAUUGGUUUUUGCGUGUGUUGAUAGCAUGAUAUGUUUGCUUGGUGAGGUGUUUCGUAUAUGGGCCUAUAAUUAAUGGGUUAAUUUACUUUUCAUUUAUUUUGUUAGGUUUUUAAAUGAAAUAUUAAAAUAGGGUUUGUGAAUCUUGCCUCUCUUGAAUUCUUUUGUAAUUCACUUCUCAUCUCAACUCCUUUCGAGUGUCGAGGUUUUCCAUUUAUUAAUGUAAUUUAUAUUGAAUUAAAUCAAUGUAUUUAGGGUGUGAAAAGUUGUCAUGUAAUUGAAGAGACGAAUUAAGGCAAUGAAAAGUUGUUAUG